AUGACACAACACCCAUUAUCACAAACCAUCAUGGAUCAAAUUAAAGAUGCUGGCUAUCAAUGUUGGAUUCAAAUCUACAGUCCAUUGUUUUGGAUCAUAUCUGUAUUAAUAAACCAUUGGAAAUUACAAGAAAACAACAAGACUAUCAUCAAUGAUGAUUUCUCAUACAACAAGAUCAUGCCUUUUGAAAAAAAGCCAGUGGGUACACUGAAAAGCUCACCCUCUCCUACACCUCCUCAAAUUGUAAUUAGUCCAUCAUCCCUGCAGCAGCAGCAAAGACAUCCAUCAAAUAAGCAGAUGCCCGCAGUGCAAAAACUAGCAUUGAAAAAGAAGGCUGUAUCUGCUUCUACAGUGGUGCCAUCCAAACCAAAAUCUUUUUUAUCAUCACCCACAUCAAACACGAAGCGAAAGCAAUCAUCCUCCAUCUUUUCUUGGAAACAAAAGCAUCCAUACCAUCCGCCUCAUCAUCAUCAGCAUCGUCCAUUAUUGCAACAACAGCCAUCAAGAACAUCUUUCCUGCGAAGACUAAGUAGCAGCAGCACCAGUAGUGGCGAUACAACAAGGUCAGAGCCAUCAUCGCCAUCUAUAUUGAAAUCUUUCUCCUGGAAAUUAAAACGACAGCACUCUGAUUCCUCGCUAGAGACAGGACAUUCUACAACUACAGCUAGCAAUGCUACCAGUAGUAAGCAGCCUCGUAUAUCCUUGUCGCAUUUCAAGAAGAAGACUGCUGUUGAGUGA